AUGUCUGCAUCGGCUCCAUACGCUCCUAAUGCUCCCAACCUUGACUUUGAUCACGCGCCUUCGUGGACUGGCCCACCGAUUCACGUUGGUGUCAUUGGAGGAAGCGGCCUUUACAAGCUCGAGGGACUAGAUGUGAUCACCGAGGUGAAUCCCAUGACGCCAUGGGGACACGCGUCUUCUCCCAUCACGGUUGCUAAGACGCCUGCCGGCACACAUGUCGCUUUCCUCGCCCGCCACGGUUUGACGCACUCUCUCUCGCCGUCGUCCGUUCCUUCGUUGGCAAAUAUUGCAGCACUCAAGCAUCUCGGUGUACGCUGCAUUCUUGCAUUCAGUGCCGUCGGCUCGCUCCGAGAGGAAAUCGCCCCGAAAGAUUUUGUCGUGCCUAGCCAGAUCAUCGACCGGACAAAAGGUAUUCGCAGGGCCACCUUCUUUGGUGAAGGCAACCAGAAUGGAGUCGUGGCGCAUGCAACCUUCGGAGAUCCGUUUGACGAGAUUUUAAGACCAGUCGUUGAGAAGCUAACACGCCAGGCUCUGGGUCCUGACGUCAAGGUGCACGGCCGCAAGACUUUGGUUUGCAUGGAGGGCCCUUCUUUUUCCACACGAGCGGAAAGCAUCAUGUAUCGUGCAUGGGGAGGUGAUGUUAUCAACAUGUCAACCUUGCCGGAGGCCAAAUUGGCUCGAGAAGCUGAAUUGUCCUACGUACUAAUCGCGACCUCAACCGACUAUGAUGCCUGGCGCGAAACGAGUGCUGCCGUGGACGUCAGUGAGGUCAUCAAGUCAUUCCAAGCCAAUGUCGCCAAUUCGCAAAAGGUCCUCAAAACGAUCCUGGACCCGCUCCAUGAUCUUGUAGGCGAUGAUGCUGAAGCUUUCAAGAAAGCACAAGGCAGCAUGAAGUUCAGCGUCAUGACGAAACCUGAGAACGUCCCAACGAUCGCUAAAGACAGCUUGCGCUUCAUUCUCCCUUGGUAUCCUCAGUGACGAGGGUGAAGUUGUAGAUCGAUCGAGAUAUGUGAAAUUGACAAUGAGAACAAAUUUGAACGAG